AUGAUCGGUGCUCCUGUAUACCUGCCCGAUGGUUUAGCACCAACUCCUGGCAUUACGGGAAUAUCGUGGAAAUUCAGUGGUCCGGAGAUCCGAUCUUUUCGCGAAACUAACCAAACAUGCAGUCUGCGCAUGGUUUCAGGACCCUUCGCUGAGACGAUAAUGAACGAGAAUGGUGACGAAUUAACUACCUGUCUUCAAUCACAAGGUCCGGUUAGCAUAAGUCUGGCUCCUUUGUGUUGCCAAUCACCGCUUCUGAAGCGAGUAAAGCCUAAAGCUGGUGCCUGGGAAAUAGGUACGACGCUGACUGUUGAAGACGAUGGACAGGGUGUUGCAGAAAUCAAGAACAGCACUGCCCGGAGAUAG